CAAUCACCCGAGAGCUCCAAACAUCUCUCCAGACGUCAAACCUCUCUCCUCGGCACCAAUGGCUUCAACCCUGUUUUUGCCCGCGCCGGGCAUCGCGCGGACAUGCGCUCGAACAACCACUCGCUUCGCUGCGCCGCGGUCGCUACUUCCACUUGCUCAACGCCGCAACAUUUCAGCGUACGGCUACGAGCAGGCCAAAGCCCUCACAUUUUCUGAAUAUGGUGAGCCGCCAUCCGUCCUCUCUCUGCACGGGCACUCGAUCUCGCCGCCCCAUGGUGAUAAGAUGACCCUCCGCUUCCUUGCCUCGCCCAUCAACCCGGCCGACAUCAACCAGAUCCAAGGCGUGUACCCAUCGAAACCGACCUUUACUACAGACCUCGGCACACCCAACCCCAUCGCAGUAGCUGGUAAUGAGGGAGUUGCUGAGAUCAUCGCGCUCGGCGACAAAGUGAAGAGUGCAGGAUACAAGAAGGGCGACUGGGUCUUCAUGAAGGGUCCUGGCUUCGGUACAUGGAGGACACACGCAUCGGCGACCACAAAUCAGGUCGUCAAGCUUGACGACACAAUGAGAGAGGGCAUAACCGCUAUUCAGGCUGGCACUGUUAGCAUCAACCCCUGCACCGCAUACCGCAUGAUCACCGAUUUCACUACUCUGCAACCGGGCGAGUGGUUUAUCCAGAAUGGAGCGAACUCAGGCGUUGGCCGUGCGGCAAUCCAGCUAGGCAAGAAAUGGGGACUCAAGAGCAUCAAUGUGAUCCGUUCGCGUGACGACAAAGCUGCGGAAGACAAGCUGAAGAACGAUCUCAAGGCGCUCGGCGCAGACAUCGUCAUCACAGACGCCGAACUGCAAGCCCAAGGCAUCCGCGACCAAGCCAAAGAGUGGACAAACGGCGGUCGCGGGAAGAUCAGACUAGCGCUGAACUGUGUAAACGGCAAAGCCGCAACCGCAAUGGCGAAACUACUCUCUUCAUCUGCACACUUCGUCACAUACGGCGCUAUGUCGAAGCAGCCGCUGACCAUUCCUGCAUCAAUGCUUAUCUUCAAGGACAUCCAUUUCCACGGCUUCUGGGUCAGUCGAUGGGCGGAGAAGAACCCCGAGGAUAAGAUCAAGACUGUGAGUGAUGUGCUGGACAUGACAAGGAAGGGCGAGUUCAAGGACACACCGUUUGAUCAGAUCAAGUGGGAUUAUGAGACGAAGGGCGAUGAGUUGAUUGCGAAGGUCAAGGAUACUCUUGAGGGGUAUCGGGAAGGAAAGGGUGUCUUUGUGUUUGGCAAGACAUAAACACGCUGUCCAGAGCUUGUGUAGAUAUGUUGUAAGGAUUUAUCGCGUUGUACAGCUGCAUCGACUUCGUCAAAACUUGCCAGUAUUGGGCCUGCAUCCUGCCGCAGCUCGAAGCGGGGAAAAGACCAGCCACAACUAUCGAGCUCAACUCUAUCCUUGCA